AUGGGGCAUAAAAUCACUCUUUGUGAUCAAUCGGGUACCGCUGUUGAGUUUCCAAGCUGGAAUCGAGCCCGCAAAUGUUACAGUGCCAAACGCAGACGAUCAGCGGGUUCGGUUACCGAUCCCUUCGACACGGUUCACUCGUAUCGCUUCACUCUGCGAGGAAAUGUAGACAAAUCGGAUGAGAGGUGGCUCCUGUUGCAAGAUCGUAGACAUGGGGUGUUAGUCUUCGCAAGUGACGUCGAACUGCGUGUAGCAGCUCGUUCGGCUAUUUUAGUAGCUGACGCAACUUUCAGCAGUGCACCGCGCAACUUCAGUCAGGUUAUGAGUGAAUGCCUGUUAUCCACACCGUCAUGCAGAACAAAAAGACCGAGUCUUAUAACGCGAUUUUUGCUGCUAUGCAACGGCGCUGGACGUACAUAG